AUGGUGGUUGGAUGUGGGAAUAAAUGUGUGAAGUACUUUUUCUGGUUGCUGAACUUCUUGUUUUUCGUAUUGGGCGGUUUAAUUGUGGGCAUCGGUUUGUGGAUCAUUUUCGAUCCACAAUGGCAAAUGCGGCUGCAGACUCUUCUGAAUAUACAACUGCAGAGUUUCAAUCUAAAUAAUUUCACGGUCGGUAUCUGGGUUGUGAUCGCGUUCGGGGUUUUGUUGUUCCUCGUUGGUGGACUGGGCUGUGGUGGGAGUUGUUGCGAGAGUCUUUGCGUCAUCGGAAUCUAUUUCGUUUUGGUGGCCAUUCUCUUCACUUUGGAGAUCGCUGGCGGUGUUUACUUCUACGUGAGCAAAGACAGCUUGAGAAGCUGGCUGGCACAAGUUUGGAAAACAGAACUCGUGACUAAUUACUACUCGAAUCCGACGAUUCAAUCACAAUUGGAUCAAAUUCAGAGACAACUAAAUUGCUGCGGCGGGUACGGAUGUUCCGAUUUCCAAUCUCCGCCAAGCUCGUGCACCGUUUGCUUCAAUGGAAAUCAAAAUCAACAGUACAAUGGGCAAGCUCAAGGCUGUGCCUAUUUGGUUUUCGACGGUUUCACCUCUAAUCUCACCAUCGUUCUCAUCGUCGCCAUUGCAAUUUUGAUUGUUGAGUUCAUCGCUCUCGUUUUCGCUUGUUGUACUUGUUGUGCAGUGAAGAGCAAGCGAAACUCGAUU